CGCAAGCACAUCGUCUCCUAACCAAGCACGUACAGUUGUCCAUAAAGAGCCAUCAUAGCUCUCAAUGGCAUCGGCAGCCCAGUGGAAUCCAUUAGUCUAUCUGAAAGAUCUACGUACAUGGGUAGGUAGCUUGUCAAAUUAACAGGGACUGAGUCCGCCAACGAUCGACACGAGAGCUCGGCGCCCCUCCCCCCCCGAACCAUGGCAUGACGGCAGGCGGGGCAGCGCCGAUGCCCGGAGCUUCCUCUGAGCUCCAGUCCAUCGUCCGAGCAGCCCAUGCUCCAAGCCAGUAACAUUCAAUUCGAAAGGCGCUCUACGUGUUCAAUAUCAAUCCACAAUGGCAUCCGACCAGCAGAUCAUCUUCACCAAGGACGCCCCCGCGGCCCUGGGUCCCUAUUCUCAAGCCAUCAAGACCCCUUCCACUAUCUACUGCUCGGGCCAGAUUCCCUUGAAGCCUGACGGCACCUUUGUCGAGGGCUCCAUUGCAGAGAAGACCGAGCAGUGCUGCAAGAACGUCAAGGCUGUCGUUGAGGCUGCUGGCUCAUCCAUGGGCAAGGUCGUCAAGACGACCGUCUUCCUCUCGGACAUGGCCCACUUUGCGGAGGUCAAUGGCGAGUACGAGAAGUGGUUCUCGCACAAGCCUGCCCGCAGCUGUGUUGCCGUCAAGACCCUUCCCAAGAACGUUGACGUUGAGAUUGAGGUUAUCGCACUGCCUUAAGCACCAAAAAGAUGAUCAACAUGGCUCGAUACCUGCCUCACGCGUGCACAGUCUUCCGUACCAGUCUGACUAGCAAUGCCGAAAUUUAGCUCCUAUCUUCUCAAGCUGCCCAUCAGCAGUGCUACCCAGUCUUGGCGUGUAGCAAAGUAAUGUGAUAGAGUGUAACGAAAAACCGCCAG